CGGCAAUCUAAGUCGUCACUUGCAACUGCCAAUCAAUCAAAUAAGAAACAAUUCAUACACACUUUCACCCUUAAUCUUCUUAAGUUCCCUCACCACACCCGAGCGAAUCCUUCACAAUGGCCCUCUUCGGUUCCUCCUCCCCGGCUGAAUCCACCCCCUCCACUAGCCAGGAGAUCAAGGCCUCGCUCAUCCGUCAAGUCCAGGAAGAGGCCGCCAUGAGCAAUGCCCGGAACUUGAUCGGCAAAGUCAACGAGCACUGCUUCGAAGCCUGCGUCCCCACUCCCGGCAACUCCCUUACGACCAAGGAGUCCACCUGCUUGUCGCAAUGCAUGGAGAAGUACAUUGGUUUCUGGAACGCCACCAGCCGCGCCUACAUCGCCCGCGUCUCCAAGGAAUCCAAGAACCUGGGCGGCGCCGACUUGUCGGGUCUGUCGAUGUAAUUGAAACGCACGGGAAGAAGUUAUACAGAGGGGGAAAAUAACAGCAAAAGGGGUGGAAUCAAUGACAUAUGUUUCUCUGAAUUUUUCCAUGUAUACUAUUGGGUGGCCUUCAUCAAGGCCGUGACUCUUUGCGCAUUCGACAAGAUGGUCGGGGAGCCCGUUUGAUCUAACAAUCAGAAUUUCUUCGGCUCUGUUUCACUAAGGCUCUUCUGGUUUCCUCUUCUAUGCCGACUAACGAGCGGCACUUCGGGUAUCCUCGUGUCCUCAUAUCUCCAAGGCCGACUUUUAUAGCUAUUAGAAGAUCCCCAAUGUAUGUACAGUACAAAAUAGCCUCCACACACACACACCC